AUGAAGUUCCAACACGUCGCUCCGGUGUGCCUUGCGGGCUGUGCCCUGGCCUUGCCGACUCCCGUCGAGAAGAGACAGGAUCUCUCCGACCUCCUUCCGUUCCCUAUCCCAAGCAAUCUCAUUCCGACUGGUCUCUCCCUUCCAUCUGGUCUUUCCCUUCCCUCAGGCCUCCCCAGCUUCUCUUUGCCCACGGAUCUGUCCGACCUAGGCUUGAAGCGGCGGGAUCUGCCUUUCUCUCUGCCCUCUGGUGCUGCACUCCCUACAGACUCACAGGGUCUGUCUCAGCUCCUGCCCUCUGGUCUCCCCGACCUGUCCGAUCUCGGCAUCACCCUUCCCACCGGGCUGCCAUUCGAGAAGCGUCAAUUCGGCGGUGGUGGUCCAUCCUUGGGCGGUGGUUCUGGAGGCCCAUCCUCUAGUCCCUUCGGAGGGCUGUCUGGCUUGGGUGGUGGUGACUCCUCCUCCUCCUCUGGCUCCUCCUCGAGUCCCUUCGGAAGCCUGCCCAGUCUGGGUGGAGGUGGAGGUGACUCCUCCUCCAGCCCCUUCGGAGGCCUACCCGGCCUGGGCGGUGGUGACUCCUCCCAGUCCGGUGGCUCUCCCUCACCCUCCAGCAGCUCGUCCUCCUCCUCCGGCGGACUCCCCGACUUUCUCAACGGCUUCGGAGGCUCUUCCAGCGAUUCUUCCAGCUCUGCUCAGCCCUCCAGCGGCAGCCCUCUCGGCGGGCUCUCCGGUAUCCUGGGAUCGCUCGGGGGCGAUUCCUCUCAGUCUUCUAGCGGUCCUUCUAGCUCCUCUCAGCCCUCCAGCAGCGACGGCCUUAGUGGCUUGCCCGACUUCCUGAAGCCCUUCCUCGGCGGCGGCUCCAGCAGCUCCUCGUCUGCGGGAGACUCCUCCAGCCCCUCCCUGCCCAGCGGUGGCAGCAACCCAUUCGGUGGCUCCUCUCAACCCCAACCUUCUAGCGGCGCUGCUGCUCCCAGCCAACCCUCCGGCGGCUUCCCGAACCCCUUCGGCGGCUCUUCCUCUUCCUCUGACUCCUCCAGCUCCGCUCAGCCAAGCGGUGCCUUCCCCAGCAUCAGCCUCCCCGAGCCUGCCGGCAGCAGCUCCUCCGACUCCAGCGACUCUUCUUCCUCUGCGUCCGAGUCCGAGCCCUCCGUCAGUCUCCCGACUCCUUUGGCUUUCUCGCCCGGUGGUCUGAACAUCCCUGCACCUUCGUCUAGCUCGGCUAUCCCUACUAGCUCUGCUAUUCCUACUAGUGGUGCUGUGCCUACUGCGCCGUCUUCGUUCAAGCAGUUUAUGGCUUAG